CACCGAGCUGUCUCCAGGAGAAAAUGGCUCUGAAGAUAAGGAAAGGGGAAACUUGCAACUAUCCAAGUACUUCUAAAGAAGGACCUCAAAGCCCCUUUGGCUGCCCCCAGAUGAGGAUUGUCCUGUUGGGUAAAACAGGAGUGGGGAAAAGUGCAGUUGGAAACACCAUCCUGGGCAGGAAACAGUUUGAAUCUGCUCUCAGAAGUGCUUCAGUAACCAGUCAAUGUCGAAAGGAAGAUGCCAUAGUAUGUGAUCGACCCAUUGCUGUUAUCGACACCCCAGGUCUGUUUGACACUGAGCAGCCCAACAAUGAAAUACAGAAAGAGAUAGUGAAAUGUAUCCAGGUCUCCUGUCCAGGGCCACAUGCUUUUCUCUUGGUGAUGCAGCUGAACAGAUUCACAAAUGAGGAGAAGAUGUGUGUCGAAGCUCUGCAGGAGAUCUUUGGUGAAGAAGCGAAUAAAUUUAUGAUCAUCCUGUUUACUCGUGGAGAUGACCUUCAAAAGCAGACCAUUCGUGACUUUAUCAGGCAUGCUCACCCAGACCUGAAUGAGGUGAUCAGGAAGUGUGGAAGCAGAUACUGUGUCUUUAACAACAAGAAUCUAUCCAACAGGGAUCAAGUGAAAGAACUGCUGGACAUGAUUGACAAGAUGAUGGCCGUGAAUGGAGACAGCUUUUACACCCAGGAGAUGUACAAGGAGGCAGAGGCAAAGAUCAGGGAGAAGGAGGAGGAGAUCAAGAAAGCAGCCAUAGAGAAGAAAAGACUCCGCCGAGAAAAACUAGAGAAAGAGCGAUUAGAGAGAGCAGAAAAACUUACAGUAGAGCUGAGAAGUGCGGUGGACAAGGAGAUUGAAAAAAAGUUACAGAUAAUUAGGGCAGACUAUGAGCAGGAGCUGAGGGAAGCGCGCAGAAAGGCAGAGGAGUCUGACCUUCAGUUGACUUUCUUACAGAAGCUCAAGAUGAAGAUUUUCAAGGCUUUCAGGAUUGUAAAGAGAUAAAGUUUUGUAUGGAUGCAUUUCUGUUGACCAACUUUGAUUCAAAUGUUUCAUUUUAUUUUCAUUUAGUUUUAAUUAGUUAUUUGAUGAUAUGCAGUAUAGAAUCAUCUAUAAAACAUUUACAGGAUUAUCAGAAUUUAAUGUUUCCAUGCAUGUAAUAUGUUGAUACGUUAAUGAGUGCCUUUAUGUAAUUAUUUGUUCAUUAAUAUAUUUUCUACUCCUACUAUCUUUUUGGAAGUGGGUUUCAAUGUGGAUGUACUUAAUUAAAA